AUGGCACCCCGAAGCCCGGAGGACAAAUCCCCCCGUGAGACCCUGGUGGGAGAGGCCGUUUUGAAGGGCUCCCCGGCGCAGGAAGGCAGCGGGGAGGAAAAGGGCCGGAGAUCCCCCCGCAGGAGGGGCUCCAAAGCCAUCCCAGGGUGCUCUGAGGAGGAAAGAGCCAGCCUGUGCCGGGAAGGUGGCCGGAGCUUGAGGGGAAGCUCUGAGCUAGUGGUCCCUGAGCAGCCUCCCAGCAGGGAGAAGCCCUUCAGGUGCUUGGAAUGUGGGAAGAGCUUCAGGAAGAGCUCCAGCCUCCUCAGCCACCAGCACAUCCACACUGGGGAAUGGCCCUACACAUGUGGGGAAUGUGGGAAGAGCUUCAGGAGCAACUCCAACCUGAUCCAACACCAGCACAUCCACACUGGGGAACGGCCUUACAAAUGUGGGGAAUGUGAGAAGAGCUUCAGGGACAGCUUCAGCCUCAUCCAACACCUGCACAUCCACACUGGGGAACGGCCCUAUUUGUGUGCGGAAUGUGGGAAGAGCUUCAGGGACAGCUCCAAUCUCCACAACCACCAGCGCAUCCACACUGGGGAACGGCCCUACAUGUGUGGGCAAUGUGGGAAGAGCUUCAGCAAGAGCUCCAGCCUCCACAUCCACCUGCUCAUCCACACUGGGGAACGGCCCUAUAUGUGCUUUGAAUGUGGAAAGAGGUUUCCAACCAACGCGAAUCUCCUGCAGCACGAGCGGACGCACACGGAUGAGAGGCCCUUCCACUGCACCGACUGUGGGAAGGGCUUCAACCGAAAGUCCACCCUCGUCACCCACCGGCACAUCCACACCGGGGAGAGGCCCUACAAGUGUGGGGAGUGUGGGAAGAGCUUCACCCAGAGCUCUAACUUGACCAGACACCAGCGGACCCACCAGUAAGGGAAGCCCUACCAGUGCCCCGACUGCAGGAAGAGCUUUGGCAGCUGCUUCCACCCCAAAUGA